AUGGAAAGUGGCUGCAUCAAAGAUGCUCAAAUCACUGCAUCCUCACAAUGGGAUAGAAAUCAUGCAGCAAUCCAGGGAAGAUUAAACUUUAAGGCUGGUGGAGGCAAGCAAGGAGGAUGGUCAGCAGGGAAGAAUAAUGGAAAUCAAUGGAUACAGGUGGCUCUUGGCAGCUACACCAAAUUAACAAGUAUAGCAACACAAGGAAGGAAUGCUAACAGCCAGUGGGUAACAUACAAGCUGCAGUGUAGUGAACAUGGAGUGAACUUCUACUACAAUAAAGUACCAAGACAGAGUUCACCUAAGGUAUGCAAAUUGCCAUGUGCCACAUAUUGA